AAUAGAACCAACUGUAUACAUAACCUAAUAAUAAAGACUAGAGGAGUCCACCCUGGAAACAAGUUAGAAAUAACGGAGAAACAGAGGAGUAUUCAAUUAUUCAUUGCUUAUUAUGAUAUUGUGUGCGUGUAUUUUUAUUAUAUAUAUACACACAAUUGGGUUAGCAAAAUCCCCAAUUCCCAUAUAUAUAUAUAUAUAUAUUAAACCAAAAAUUAUACAAAGAAAUCAAGCCUAAAAGCCCUUCCUUCAUCCCUUUCUCUUCUCCUAACCUUCUCUUCUACACUCAUUAGCCUUUUAAUAAAGUUAGAGACAAUCACUGCUUAGCUCUCACGCCGAUGAACAAUCUUUUGCAUCACUUAUUCGCGAAAAUGAUUUGCUCUUCCCAGAGCAAAAAGUUUUCAUGUUAAAAUUGUUGGAUUUUCGACGAAGAAUUCACCAAAGCUGAAUUGAAGAUGCCUUUGAUUACACUGUUGGUGAUUGUAUGUGCAUUAAUUCUCGUAAGAUAUUUGUUAUAUAGGAGUGCUUUAAUUUAUGUUUUUAAAAAAUGGUCUCGUUGGAUUGAAGAUCGGGUUCAUGUUCAUCAAUUCUUCAAAGUUCCAGAAUUGAAUGAAAACAAUCAAGCGAAUCAGUUUUAUAGAAAAGUUUUCACUUACGUGAAUUCGUUGGCUUCCAUUGAAGACUCGGACUUCACAAAUCUCUUCUCCGGCAAGAAAUCAAAUGAUAUCGUUCUAUGUCUUGACGAUAAUCAAACCGUUCGCGACACGUUUCUCGGAGCCAGAGUCUCGUGGACGAACCAAGUCCUCAAAGAUGAAGCAAAAAGUUGCAGAAGAACUUUCGUUUUGAAGAUCAAAAGGAAGGACAAGAAACGGAUUCUUCGAUCUUAUCUGCAACAUGUUCACACGGUUUCUGACGAAAUUGAGCAGAGAAGGAGAGAAGUGAAGCUUUACAUGAACGCGCAAUCGGAUCAUCAGUACAACGGACGGUGGAGAUCCGUUCCGUUCACGCAUCCGUCGACUCUCGAUACAAUCGCCAUGGAUUUAGAUCUGAAGAACAAGGUGAAGUCCGAUCUGGAAACGUUUCUAAAAUCGAAGCAGUAUUAUCACAGAUUAGGCCGUGUUUGGAAGCGAAGUUAUCUACUCUACGGCCCCUCUGGUACCGGUAAAUCCAGCUUCGUCGCUGCGAUGGCCAAAUUCCUCUGCUACGACGUCUACGACAUCGAUCUCUCGAGAGUUUCCGACGAUUCUGAUCUCAUAAUGCUUUUGUUACAAACCACAAGCAGGUCUAUGAUCGUUAUUGAAGAUCUGGAUCGGUUCGUCGGGAAGAAAUCAACGGCGGUGAGCUUAUCAGGUGUGCUCAACUUUAUGGACGGAAUUGUGAAUUCCUGUUGUGGUGAUGAGAAAGUGAUGGUUUUUACUAUGAAUAGCAAAGAACAGAUCGAUCCAGUGAUACUGAGACCUGGACGCAUCGAUGUUCAUAUAUAUUUCCCGCCCUGUGAUUUCAACUCCUUCAAAACCCUGGCCAACAGCUAUUUAGGGCUCAAAGACCACAAGUUAUUCCCGCAAGUGGAAGAGAUUUUCCACGGCGGGGCGACGCUGAGUCCGGCGGAGAUCGGCGAACUCAUGAUUAUGAACCGGAGCUCGCCGAGCCGAGCGUUGAAAUCGGUGAUCACGGCGUUGCAGACCAACGUUGAUGUUAGGGUGGCCGGGAAGAUCGGACGGCGGUUGAGCGACAUGUCGGCUGAAGGUUCGGGUGAGUCCGGUGGCGCAGCUUGGAAAGAUAGUGUUCCGGCGGUGAAAGAGAUCCGGAAGUUGUACGAUCUAUUGAGGUUGAAGAGUUGUAAAAAAACUGCACCGUCAGAUCAUGAUUCGGUUUCGGAUACAAGGUGAUGAUAAAUGCCCAUAAGUUGGACCUAUGCGCAUACAAGACUAUACUACUACUAGUAAAUUCACUCUCUCAAUCAAUUUUGAUCUUUUUUUACUUGGAUUUUCUUUGAAAUCUAUGUGUUAUCUCAUAGGAAAAAUCAAAUAGAAAACUGAAGCUUGUGAUUUAGAUUUUUUGUUUUUGUUUUUAAAGGUGAUAUCAAAUUUGUAUUUUUUUUUUAAUUCAUCGAUUUUGUAUUUAAUACCAAUUAUAUUGAUUCAUAUAUAUAUAUAUAUGUAUAUACACACGUGUUUGUGUACACAAA